UCUCCUCGACCAUGGGGCGGGUGAAGAGGCCGCGCUGCUCCAGCGGGUCCCAGAGGGGCGCCACCCGCAGCGCCUCCACCAGCCGCGGCCGCCCGCGCCGCAGGGCCCGCCGCUGCGCCUCCUCCAUGGCGGCGCCGCUCUGCCCGCCCGCCUCGCUGACCGGAAGCGGCGCCGUCUCUAUGGUGACGGCGGGGCGGGCGCGCCGGAAGCGGCGGCGCAGGGUGGCUGAGGGCGGCCCGUCCGCGGCCCUCGCCGCUCCCCGCCGCGUCGGUCCCCGUCCCGGCCCCGCUCCCCGCCGAGCCCUCGCCGGAGCCAUGGAGCUGGGGCGGGCGGGCCUGGCCUGGGCCGCCGCCCUGCUGCUGGCGGCCCUGGGAGCGCAGGCCGCGGCGGCGGGGGACUUCGACCCGUACCGCAUCCUGGGGGUGGGCCGGAGCUCCAGCCAGGCCGACAUCAAGAAGGCCUACAAGCGGCUCGCCCGGGAAUGGCACCCUGACAAAAACAAGGACCCUGGAGCAGAAGACAAAUUCAUCCAGAUCAGCAAGGCCUACGAGAUCCUCUCCAACGAGGAAAAGAGGGCAAACUUUGACCGCUAUGGAGAUGCCGGGGAAAGCCAGGGCUACUCUCCGCACCAGCAUCGCCAGUUCCACCACUUCCAUGAAGGCUUCUAUUUCGACGAGUCCUUCUUUCAUUUCCCUUUUAAUUCGGAGAGGCGUGACACCUCUGAUGAGAAGUAUUUGCUCCAUUUUUCCCACUACAUCAAUGAAAUCGUUCCGGAUAGUUUCAAGAAACCUUACCUCAUCAAAAUAACCUCAGACUGGUGUUUCAGCUGCAUCCACAUUGAGCCUGUGUGGAAAGAAGUUGCUCAGGAGCUGGAGGCACUGGGAGCAGGAAUCGGAGUUGUUCACGCCGGAUACGAAAGACGCCUCGCCCAUCACUUAGGGGCACACAGCACGCCGUCCCUCCUAGGGCUCAUUAACGGGAAAAUAACCUUCUUCCACAAUGCCGUCGUUCGAGAAAACCUGCGGCAAUUCAUGGAGAACCUCCUGCCAGGGAAUCUCAUAGAAAAGAUUACAGAUAAAAACUACAUCCGCUUUCUCUCCAACUGGAAGAAAGAAAACAAGCCCCACGUCCUCCUAUUUGAUCAUAUGCCAGUUGUCCCGUUAUUAUACAAGCUGACUGCCUUUGCAUACCGAGAUUACUUGUCCUUUGGUUACGUCUAUGUCGGACUCCGAGGCACGGAAGAGCUGUCCCGUCAGUACAACAUCAACGUCUACACUCCCACCAUGAUGGUCUUCAAGGAGCACAUCGACAGGCCCGCCGAUGUGGUGCAGGCACGAGAGAUGAAGAAGCAGCUCAUCGAUGACUUCCUUUCCCAGAAUAAGUUCCUCACAGUGGCCAGACUCACCAGCCAGAGGCUGUUCCAGGAGCUGUGUCCUGUGAAGAAGUCUCACCGUCAGCGAAAGCACUGCGUGGUCUUGCUUACUGGAGAAGGUGACAAGUUUGCUGCAGCUUAUGACGCAUUUUUGACUUUUGCUGUGGCCAACACAAAAGACACACUGAAGUUUGUGCACAUCUAUAAUGAUCGGCAGCCGGAAUUUGCCGACACCUUGCUGAUGGACGAGGAGAAGUAUAAGGGAAAAUCAUCUGUGGUCAUUCUGGAGAGACGCAACAAUGCUGGGAAGGUCGUGUAUAAAGCCUUGGAGGAAGCUUGGCAAGGCAGCAAAGAGGACAACUUCAUCCUCCUGGAUCUUCUGGACCAGCUGAGGACAGACCCCAGCCUUCUCUCAUUGGAGACCGUUCUGGCAGACCUGAAUGACGAGCUCGCUCCCAUGUUCCUUAUCCGAUGGCUCUACUCCAUGCUGGACUAUAUCUCAGACUGCUGGGACAGUUUGUUUCACAGUAACUGGCGAGAAAUGAUGCCGCUGCUGUCCUUGCUCUUCUCUGCGCUCUUCAUUCUCUUUGGCACUGUCAUUGUUCAGGCUUUCAGUGAUUCGAGUGACACAAGGGACUCUCCUCCCUCUGAGAAAGAAGAAAACGCUGCAAAGAUGGAGAAGAACGAUGCAACCUUUGGCAAAGAGAGUAACAGCAGGAUGCCCAAAAAGGGCUUCGUCGAGGUGACUGAGCUAACGGACAUCAACUACAACAGCAACCUGGUGCGCCUGAGGCCGGGUCACAUGAACGUGGUCUUGAUCCUGUCCAACUCGACCAAAACCAUGCUCCUCCAGAAGUUUGCCCUGGAAGUCUACACGUUCACAGGGAGCAGCUCUCUUCAUUUCUCCUUCCUCAGCCUGGACAAGCACCGAGAAUGGCUGGAGUACUUGUUAGAGUUCGCGCAGGAUGCGGCCCCCAUCCCAAACCAGUAUGACAAGCAUUUCCUCGAACGUGACUACACAGGCUAUGUCCUGGCUCUGAACGGCCACAAGAAAUACUUCUGCCUCUUUAAGCCUCACCGAUCCGGGGAUGAGGGGGGAACCCUAGCAUUAUGCGAGGAGUACAAUUCCUUGGUACCCGUGGAAGCCAGAGGGAAAUCCUCCUGCAGCCCGGGUUCUCGAUCCAUUAAAAACAAAUUACACAAAUUGUCCUUUUGGAUGGAACGCCUCCUGGAGGGUUCCUUACAGAGGUUCUAUAUCCCCUCGUGGCCCGCGCUAGACUGAGGGAUUUUAAAGAGAUUCUAACAGACACACUUUUUAUGAAGAUGACGAGGGACAGCUCUUUCCAGGAAUACACAAACAAGCGUGACAAAUGGACCUUAGGUUUUAGAUGAACUCUCCUAGGGCCGGCAACUAGAAAAUAUCUCCCCGUGUCUGGAGCCCGGGAGCGCAGCCAAGCGCACUGAAAUCCCCCCGCCGCCCGCUCAUCGUGCAUUUGGACACCGUACUACCGAAGAGCCAAGAAGGCCGUUUUUCCCUUCUUGUUCUGCCACAUCUGCUUCCCGAGUCACCCCCAGCUCCAUCUCUCAGUUGACCUCGGUUGAAGAAAACCCCAUGACUCCUCUGCCCUGGCGACUUGGGCCAGACCAAACACGGCCGGUAACGCAGGUCAGGUCGUGGUUCUCUCUCCCCUUCCCCGUGUGCUUAGCCCGUGGUGCAUGGUGUAACACCGGCAAGACCCUGCGGACCCUCCUGGGCCCUGCCUUUCUGAAAGGCCUCCCACCAGGCAGUCAUACUUGAUCAGCUUUCCCUGUGGUAAGUGAGUAAGUGUUUUAGGGUAUGGUCGGGAGCAUCUCCCUCGUAGCAAACUGUAGCUGGGAGUACCUGUGGUGCGGGCUGGUAGGCAAUCUGCAUGUUUCAUGCUCAUCGUAUCAUAGUUCCACGUGCAGCUUCACUGGCAAAACCGUAACCAGGGAGGGAAGGGGUUUUGCACGGUCGUAAAUACUGUAAAAGUGUUGAGCCAUUUAAACGUCACAUUGAAUUUUUCAGAUGCCUUUCUGCUUCUGUCUAUUUUAGACGAUGUAUCCUAGAGCCAUAACUUUAACUGCGUCCUCAGAUAGUAGGCGUGAGCUGCUACAAGCCAGUAGAUGUGUAAAAGAAACUCUACCUAGCUGCCAGGGAGUCGGUCCGGGCUCCUUUCAAACACCCUUACACCCAUAGUACAAACCUUCCUUUGUAUCGUGGAACCUAAUUCUUUGCCCAAGGCGUGCGGUAUCAUCAGACUGUCGCUUACACGCGAAGCUCCUUUUGGAUUAGGCGUGGGUUUCAGAUGCUGGGUUUCAGCCUCUCGCCCGUUUCCUUCCUGCCACCACCCUCGGUGUCUCAACACGCAGGCUGCCGCCUUGGGGGUUUUGUGCAUUUGCGUUGGGGGGGUCUUUUUGAACUGGCAGGUCCGUGUGAAGCUAGGGUAGUCACAAAGCGUGGGCUUUGGUUUGGGCUUUGGCAUUUUAGCUCCAACAGCCGCUUUUGACACCACAGUGAGGGGAAAGGGAGACCCUUUGCUGGGAAGGCGAGCAGCAGAUUCGUGGCCAGACCCUCGAGGGCUAAAGCGAAGGAGCAGGGUUUCUCUGUGCGGCCAGGGCUGAAAUCCGGCGGGGCUCGUUCUUCCUUUUUGCUGCUUCACACCGGCUGGCACUGGCGGUGCCUCUUCCAGCCCAGGCCCCCGUGGUACCAGGUCGCCGUUAGGCUGCGGCGGUGCCGGAGCACGGGGAUCUGAGUGGGGUGGCCUUUGCCGUGGGGGCCAAACCUGACAGUAGAAUGCUCAGUCAAGCACGUGGGGUUAACUCAAAGCUCGGCUGCCCCUUGCCGCCUUAGUUGCCGUCGUAGCAGAGCAGCCAGUUAGAACAACUCUGCCAAUCUCUGAUCUAGCUGCCCAUCCCAUACGAAAUCCAGGAAUGCUCAAGUCAUUUUACUGCCACUGUGACCUAGUUGCUCACAAUCCCUUGGCUUGCUGUGCUUCUCCCCACCCUGGGAGCAGAUUGGCGUGCUUCGACCACCACAGGUAUCUCAAACACCGUGUAUGAUGUACUUCCAAAUAAAAGCUACGAUGCUACCAGCUGACCCUAUGUGAGGUUACUUAAUUUUAGCUCAGCCAACUCUGGGCCGCAGCUUGAACUGCUGCACGAGCGAGGCACUAAAGCAGAGGGAAGGAAGGAAGAAGGAAGGAAGGAAGGGAGACGUCUGCUCCCUGCCAAAAAGCACUGAGGCGCACAUGUACCGCUGAAGUAGAGCGGGAACAAAAUGCUGGCUGGAUGCUGCUAGACUUCAUCUUCGUUUGGCUGGAGCCAUUGCCACAGCGUUCUCGUGCGCUUUCCCCGCAGCUUGCCAUGCAGGACGUGGCCAGAAUAGGUCUUAGCCUGGUGGCAGGCUCUGCAUAACUUCUUAAGACAUUUGCAAAAACAAAAAAAAAUUCUCUGAGUCUCCGCUGUCUCUUCAGCUACUCAGAAACCGGAAGAAAGCCCUGGGUGUGUUUAAAAAAAAAAAGUGCCUAGCUGUGCUACAGCCAGGGAAUUCAGCCCUGCCCCAAGUACAAAGAGAAAGCCCUUGGGCCUUCAAAAUACAGGUCGCACGCCGCCCACUUGCUGGAAUCAUUUUUUCAAUUAUUUGUUUUUAGCAAAGGUAACCACCUCCCCUUCAGGACGGAGUUUUGGUUAAGGGGUGCUUGCGGCACUCCGGCCCUGCCGGCUGCAGCUGGAAUGGGAGCACAGCUCCUGUUUAACCAGGUCGGACCAGCUUGGCUCCUGUCGCCCUUUGACGGAGAAACGUUUUGUGGGCUGAAGCAAACGCCAAACUGUUCUAAACCCCUCGUUCGGUGAGCUUUGGUGCGUGCUGCAGAGCAAUGGGUGCUUCUUUCUUGUAGGAGAGUGUGGCCAGAGUCCACGUACGCCCAGGAUAUGUCCGCCCUCCCUCAGCAACUGCGAGCCAUCGCCCCCCCCCCGGUAAUUUCCCCCCCCCCCACCUCCAGCGGCGCUCGACCCGUAUCAUAACAUAUCAUCAGCAAAGCGCACCUGCGGUUCCGUUACACGCGCGGUGGUUCGUCAUCCAAAGACGGAGGAAAUUCAGUCCUGGUGGACUAUUCGAGGGAGGUCCAAGCGCUUGCACACCGCUCAGAAGCAAAGGGGUGCAGCCCCCCGGGGGCUAAAGGUGGUACCAAACCUCCUCCCUGUACGGAGCGGUGCUGUUCACCGAAAGCCUGCCAGGAACUAGCAUGCUAAGGCAGCCUGAGAAGUAGGACUGAAAAUUAGGUACAUAUUUUGCACUUUUGAUACUGGGAAAGGGGGGGAGAAUUAACUUAUUUGGCAAACUUGUCUUUUUUUUUUUUUGUCUUUUUUUUUUUUUUUGUAUUUGUGAACGGGCACUGAUGUUUUGUUUUAAGACGAUUACAGAUUCGCAACCAAAAUAAACUAUUUUAAUGUGUGA